AUGUCCUGGGCAAACAAAGGGAGAGGUGAGGGGUGCAGGCCGCCGGAACCACUGAUUGCGCUGCUUGCUUCCCGCCGGGGCGAGUUUCUGGGGACCCGGCUCGCCGCACAGGCCGCGGGAGCGGAAGCCGGGCUCCUGGCUCUCCUGGCCCAUCCGCAGGGCGCGGCGGGGGGCUCGGGGCCGACGCUGGAGCUUAUUCCCUCCGAGCUGGGACCAGAGAGACCGCCACCCUGCGAGCCGGCGCGGGCCCAGGAUCCCAAAGUAUACUUUGCCCCCGUUCUCUCCGUGGAGGCCAUGGACUCCUGCUCUCCCAGGGUGGCCCCUGCCCCCGCAGCGGCCCCCUCCUCCUCCGCCACCCGCCCGGCGGCCCCUGCACCCCCGCAGAAGGACCGUCACCUGCUCAUUGACGUGAAUGGUGUCCCCUACAUGUACACAGCGGACGAGGCCCCCCCGCCGGAGCCCGAGCCCGAGCCCGAGCCGGCCAAGGGCUUCACGUGUCCCCAGUGUUUCCAGGUCUUCAAGAGCGCCCUGAACCUGAGGAACCACAGCAUCUCCCACUCGGAGCUGCGGCCCUACGUCUGCGCCAUCUGCGGCAAGGCCUUCAAGCACUCAGGCAACCUCUCGAUGCAUCGGUUCAUCCACCUGUAACCCCGGACCGUGGUUGUUUGCACUUGUCAUUGUAACGGCUACUUUCCACUCCUUUACCUGCUGUUUGUUAUCAUAAUGGCUGUUUUGGCUUAGUUACUGGUUGUGGGGACCCAGGGCCCGGGCCCGCCCCCUCCUCCAUUGUGAGAUGCUCGCAGCCGCCUACCCGACCAGGCAGCAGGCCCCCUGCCCCCCGCGUCCCAGGGGAAAGCAUUAAGACGUCGCUCCACUAAGCUCGGUUAGUAGCCAAAUCUCGCGAGACCGGGUUGCAACCGAAUCUCAGAAACGCGGGGGUCGCAAACCCUUGUAAGGCCCCUCCCCCGCACUCGUCCCUGGUUUUCGCGCCCUUCAGUUUCCACAUCCGGGUGCAACCGUGAGAGCAUCACCUCUCGUCCGUACGUCGCAGUGAAACCCGUGUCCACUUCUGUGCCCGGCUAAACUGGGUUGGAACACUUCUUAUUGUUUGAAUAAAAACCCUAAACUCUU